GCCAUUUGCUGGGAAGAAGGGAGAGCUACAGCAGAGGUGGGACAGAAAUGCUACACCUCGUCAUUCUGUCUGCUAACAUCCCAACUGCAAAAUUCAUCACACCUGACUCACACGUGUCUGCCAGCUUCAGAGAUGUCACAAGAAGUACAAGAGUGAUACAGAAGGAACAGAAUCCCACUUGGAAUGAGACCCUGGUGUGGUUCCUGGGUGAUCAGCCCCUGGACAGCGCUUCCUUUGUGGACAUACAACUCCGGGAGUGGGGUCACUUGGCUACAGAAAGGGAUCUGGGCUCUGCUACUGUAUUUCUAACAUCUCUUGCUGCAAAACCAAGCAGCAUCCUCACCCUGAAGGACCUGCCCCUUCUGGACAGAGGCCACCAGCCGACAGGCUGUACUACCAAUUUAAGUGCCUCCUACACCCCUCCAGGACUCAAGGCCAUAAGGGAGCAAGGAAAACAAAAAGCCAGUGGUGAAGGGGCACACAGUUGGGUCACCACAGCCAUCCACAGUAUCACAGGAAAGGAUCAUCAGAGGGAAGGAAUCAGCGGCAGAAUAAAUUCCAGAAGAGAACUCGCAGACAAAAAACAGGACUUCCAGGUGCGUGUGAGGAUCAUUGAAGGCCGCCAGCUUCAGGGAAACAACAUCAAGCCCGUGGUGAAGGUCUUCAUCGGAGACCACGUGUACAGGACGAGAAUCAAAACGGGGAACAACCCCUAUUUUAAUGAGAUAUUUUUCCAGAACUUCCAUGAGACGCCUACUCAGCUCUUUGACGAGACCAUAAACAUACAGGUGCUGAACUCAAGGGCGGUGCGAGCGGAUUCCAUCAUUGGAGUGUUCAAGCUUGAGGUUGGCCGUGUGUACGACUCUCCUGGUCAUGCUCUCAGCUGGAAAUGGCUCAGCCUUUACCACCCGACUCAUCUGAAUGCUGGCUUGAGAGGCUACUUGAAAGUCAGCCUUUGUGUGCUUGGAGCCGGGGACCAGGCACCGGAGCUGGACAAGCCUGCGGAGAGUGAGGACGUAGAGUCCAACCUUCUCAAGCCAGCAGCGAUGCCCGUAUGCAUGGCCACCUUUCAGCUCCGCAUAUACAGAGCUGAGGAUAUGCCCCAAAUGGAGGACUCUUGCCUGCAUUACUUUAGGUCCAUGUUCCAGAUGCAUGUCGACAAAAGGAUCUGCGCUGACCCUUCUGUGGAAGUUAGUUUUGCAGGGAAAACGCGCUGCACCAGAGUGAUGCCAAGAAAUGCCAACCCGGAGUGGAACCAGGUUCUGUUCUUUCCUGCCCAGUUACCGGCCGUGUGUGAUAAGAUCAAGCUCACCGUACUGAACGGGGACCGAGCAGGAAAGAGGGACGUCCUUGGGACCACCUACAUCAGCCUGUCCCAGGUGUCCUCCACGGGGGCUGAGAUAGAAGGGGAUUUCUCCGGGUUCCUGCCAUGCUUUGGACCCAGCUUCCUGACCCUCUAUGGGAGCCCCAGGGAAUUCACCAGCCUCCACGACCCAUAUGAGAAACUCAACUCUGGGAGCGAGGAAGGGGUGGCCUAUCGAGGUCGGAUUCUAGUGGAAUUAAACACCAGUAUGGAUAGGACCCCCCAGCAGGAAAUAGAGGAGAUCCCUGCAGAGGCUGUUGCCAAGGUGGAGCGAUACUUGUCACGGCGCAAGUACGGCCUGUGUGCCAUCUUCUAUUCAGCCACCAUGCUGCCCGCUAUCAAGGAGCUGAUCCAGUUUGAGGUCAGCAUCGGGAACUAUGGCAACAAGUUUGACGUGACCUGCAAGCCCUGUGCCUCAACCACGCAGUACAGCCAAGCUGUGUUUGACGGAAACCAUUAUCACUAUCUGCCAUGGUACGACACCAAGCCAAUGGUGGCCAUCACCUCUUUCUGGGAGGACGCUAGCUACUACAUGGACACCCUGAACAUCCUGCACUCCACACGGGACAGGCUGACCUUGAAUCUGGAUGCUCUGAGAUCCGUCCGAACCGCCGAGGAUCCAUCUUUGGGUGACGUCUGGAAGAAGCUGCUGAAAGAGCUGCUGGAGGACUGCAACAGGCCGCUGCCCAGUUUGGAAGGUCGAGUGACAGCCACAGGCCUGGAUCAGCAGCUGAGGGACCUGCGUGGUCGGCUCCUCCACCAAGUAGCCAGGUCUGCAGAAAGGCUGAGCGCUGGGACGAACCCAAAGACCCUGAUCCUCAAGGUAGAGGACUGGCUGCAGAGGAUCAACUCCGUCACUCCGGAGCCCCAAGCCGGCAUGCCCGACGUGGUGAUCUGGAUGCUGUGCAAGGAGAAGCGGGUGGCCUAUGCCCGCGUGAAGGCUCACACCAUCAUGUUCUCCAAGGCCGGUCCCUGCGCCUGUGGCAAGCUGUGCGGGAAAACCCACACCCUCUUCCUGAAGAGCCCUCAGCGAGAUGGGAAGGACACCAUCCAUGGCCAGCUGCGCAUGCGAAUGUGGCUGAGUCUGGUGUCCGACAGCCAGGAGUUCAUGAGGCACUGCGAGGGGAAGAUCGGGGUCUAUGCAGAGACGUAUGAGAACCAGGUGAAGAUCUUUGGGAAGUGGGGGCCCAAAGGGCUGAUGCAGCACCCCAGCUUCUCAGACAUAACCGGGAAGAUUGGUGUCCCAAGGGACAAGUUCCAGCUGCCCAAGGGCUGGCACUGGGAUGGCGACUGGGCGGUGGAGCCACAGAGGAGGCUGCUGCUGGAUACUGAGACCAACCACAGUGAGGUGCUGGAGGAGGUGUAUGAGAACGAGAGUCGGCAGCCAGGGGAAGAGUGGGCCCCAGCCCCUUCUCCCAACACGGAUGCGGGCGGAGCCGCCGUCUCCCCAAAGGAAGGGAUCGUGUGCCCUAAGGGCUGGCACUUUGAGGAAGGCUGGAGGGUGGAGGUGAACCGAGCUGUGGAUGAGUCUGGCUGGGAGUACGGCAUUGGCAUCCCCCCCACCGGAACACCCCAGUCCUGGAAUGCAACAGAGAAGACGUACCACACGCACCGGCGUCGGCGCUGGCUGCGGAGACGCUGUCGGGACCUGAACGCUCAGACCCAGGAGCAGGAAAUCGCCUCCUUUCUCCAGCUGCACUCUACAGGGAAGCCGGCGGAAGAGGACACCUGGGAAUAUGCCUCCUUUUUUGGCUGGAAGUUCCACCUGCAGCCCCGGCCGCAUGACACUUACCGGCGGCGCUGCUGGCGCAGGAAGCUCGUGCCCGUGCAGCCCACCAGGGUGGCUCCCAUUUUCCUCUUGGAGGGCUCCCUGAGUGAGGGAUUGAAGCCUCUGCAGCUGGGCCCUGGAUGGUGGCAGGAAUGGGGGGACACCGCCGGGCACCUCUGCAUAACAGAGCCCAAUUACUACCAGCUGCACUGCUACAUCUACCAAGCCAGGGAUCUGACACCGAGCGAUGGCAGGAGCUCCUCCGAUCCCUAUGCCCACGUGUCCUUCCUGCACAGGAGCCAGCGCACACAGACCUUGACUGCCACCUUGAGCCCCAGCUGGGACCAGACCCUCAUCUUCGACCAUGUGCUGAUUUAUGGAGACCCCCAGGCCACCCGGCAGGACCCGCCACUGGUGGUUUUGGAGUUGUUUGACCGGGAUAUCAUUGACAAGGAUGACUUCCUGGGGAGGAGCAUGUGUUCCCCACUGGUAUGUCUGGAUCUCGGAUCCCGACACGUCCCCCGCCUCCAGUUGUAUCCAAUCACAAAGCAACAGAAGGAAGCGGGCGAGCUCUUAGCUGCCUUUGAGCUCCUAUUGGAUCCCAAGGAUGGUGCCCCAGGCCGCCUUCCCACCCCCUCCUGGAAGAACGGGGUCUACGUCAUCCCUAGCGACAUCCGGCCCACGCUGAGACUGAUGGCCAUUGAGAUCCUGGCCUGGGGCCUGCGGGGCCUGCAGAGCUACAACCUGCUGAGUGUCAUGGCACCAAGCCUGGUGGUGGAGUGUGGAGGAGAGGCCAUCCAGACGGCUCCCAUCAGAGACCUCCACGAGAACCCCAACUUCCCAAUCAAUGUCUUCCUCAUGAGAGUGCACCUGCCCAUGGAAGAAGAUUUAAUGCCCCCCAUCGAGCUGAAGGUCGUGGACAACCGGGAGUUUGGGUACAAGCCAGUGGUGGGCCAGGCCAGCGUGAGAUCCCUGCGCCAGUACAUGUGCGAGCCAUCCGCAGAGGGGCACCAUCCCAGCCUGCCACCCCCAGGUACAGGCCAACCAAUGAAUCCCACUCACCAUCCCCCAUUCACCAGCCCAGCUCCCAGGACCUCUGGGGAACACUGUCUUUCUCCCAUUGCUGGCAGGGACCUGCCAGACCCUCUCCUUAGCUCCCAAGGGGAAGAUCGCGAAGAUGCUGGGCAGGAUGGCUGCCGAGUCGUGGCUUCGAACCACACUGAGAGCAGAGAAGGUGGGUUUCACAGAGGGGAGGAGGAGUGUGUCGACUGGUGGAGCAAGUUCUAUGCUGCCACGGGGGAUCUGGCAAAGAGCGGCGGCUACCUGCAGACAGGGCUGGACAGCCUAAAGGUCUAUAACUGUGAGUUGGAGGCUGUGCCGGAGUUCCAGGGCCUGCAGGAUUUCUGCCAGACCUUCAGGCUGUACCGUGGGCGGGUGCGGGAGGAGGCCAGCGAAGACCCCCUGGUGGUCGGGGAAUUCAAGGCCCGGGCAAAUGUUGGCAGUCGCUGGGCGUGCAGGGAGGCUCUGGCAGGGUCUGCGUUAACCAGGUGGCUGGAUGGCCUGGAGGAGGAGAGGCAGAGAACCGAUGUCCACUACAGGUCCCUGGGAGGAGAGGGCAACUUCAACUGGAGGUUCAUCUUCCCCUUCGAGUUCCUGCCCAUGGAGCAGGUCUGCGUCCUGCCUGAGAAGCAACAUCUCUGGAGCCUGGAUGAGACGGUGCUGAAGGUGCCCCCCAAGCUCAUCCUCCAGGUGUGGGACAACGACAAGUUCUCGGCUGACGAUUUUCUCGGGGUUCUGGAAAUCAAACUGCUCAGCAUGCCUUGCCCAGCCAGGCGCCCCCGGGCCUGCACCCUGAAAAUGCUGCAGGAUGAGAGUGACUCCCCCACCCCACCCCGCUGCCCCAGGAGAACCUCCCUCUUCAAGCAGAGGCUCGCCCGAGGCUGGUGGCCGUGCGUGGUGCAGGAGGAGGGCAGACAGCGGCUGUCGGGCAAGAUUGAGCUGACGCUGGAGCUGCUGACGGACAAGGAGGCAGAAGAGCGGCCUGCUGGGAAGGGAAGGGAGGAGCCAAACAUGAACCCCACCCUGCACCCACCCGUGCGCCCAGAAGCCUCGUUCCUGUGGUUCACGGCCCCCCUCAAGAGCCUGCGCUACAUCCUCUGGCAGCCGCACAAGUGCAAGAUCAUCCUGGGGGUCGUGCUGUUCCUGCUGCUGCUCCUGCUUGCAGCCUUCAUCUACGCCACCCCGCGCUACUUGGCCAUGAAGCUGAUAAACCCCUUCCGCAGUCUCCAUUCCUUCGGGAGCCUCAAUCCUCUGGCGGGGAGCAGCGGGAGCCCGUAGGCAACAGGCCAGCAGCAGCACACCCAGCCCAGCUCCAUGUCCUGCAGACAGACACCGCCUGCUGUCUCCUAGCACAGGGAGACCUGGCCCUGCCCCCCAGCCUGGGGAGUUGGGCAGCAGCACCCCUUUCCAAUUCACCACCCACUGCCUCCAGGUCACCCGGAUCUUCUCUGAACCCAGGGAGCAGCCACCAGUCCUACCGCUCCCUUCCAGCACAGGCUCUGCUGGCCUGCGCUCCUCCUGCUCCUCCCCCUGGGGGCCAAGGGCCCCUGACCGCAGGCCAGUGAGGCUGAGACUAGCUCAUCGGCUAGAAAGCAGCCCUACUCCCAGGCGAGUCAUUCUCUGGGCCAAAAGCCUUCAGGAACAGUA